AUGUGCUCUGCAGCAGCCUGUGCCUUUUUUCUCCAAGCAUUUGAACCAUAGACACCUUACACAUUGUACCCAAAGCACCAUAAAGGCUCUAUCUGCUGCUAAUGUCUCUGUGAUGGAUGUUGAACACACUUGGAUGUAACUUUGUGAACUGUUCAAGGAUAACGUGGAACAAGAAGAGAUAAAGAAGACCACAAACAACCAUUCAAAAAGGAUCAGAAAAAGGAAGUGGAUAUGGGGGUUCCCAUAAAAGUAGCACUUGUGUAUUUUAUAUUUCUGCUAAGCUGUGAGGUCAAUGGUGGACUCAUCAGGAAACUGAUCCGACAGAAGAGAGAAAGUGGUUUAAAUGUUACUCUGCCUGAUGAUAACCAGCCUGUUGUCUUUAAUCAUGUCUACAAUAUUAAUGUCCCUUCUGGUUCCUUGUGCUCUGUUGAUCUCGACCCAACAAAUAUAGAUGGAAAUGAUCUGAAGCCUCAGACAAGCAUUGGUAAAAAUUACCAGGAACAUACUUUAGAUGGUGAAAAUCAAAUUGUUUUCACACACCGUAUCAACAUCCCUCGUAGGGCUUGUGGUUGUGCAGCAGCCCCUGAUAUCAAGGAUCUGUUGAGCAGGUUGGAGGAGUUGGAAGGACUUGUGUCCUCUUUACGAGAGCAAUGCACCUCAGGGGUGGGAUGUUGCUCCACUGCCCAGUCUGCACAAGGUUCACUGGACACAAAACCCUAUUGCAAUGGUCAUGGUAACUACAGUACAGACACAUGUGGCUGCAUUUGUGAGCCUGGCUGGAAAGGACCUAAUUGCACAGAAGCAGAGUGUCCAGGUGAUUGCAACAACAGAGGAAUUUGUGUGGAUGGAAGGUGUGUUUGUGAUCAGGGUUUCAUUGGAGAUGACUGUGGGGAAUUAGCCUGCUUAAAUGACUGCAAUGAUCAAGGAAAGUGUGUCAAUGGUGUGUGUGUUUGCUUUGAUGGCUAUGGUGGAGAAGAUUGCAGUGAAGAAGUGUGUCCAUUACCUUGCGGUGAGCACGGCAAGUGUGUUAAUGGAAGGUGUGUGUGUGAUGAGAAUUUUGUUGGAGAAGACUGUAGUGAGCCUCUUUGUCCAAACAAUUGUAACAACCGUGGGCGUUGUGUGGACAAUGAGUGUGUAUGUGAUGAAGGCUACACCGGAGAAGAUUGCAGUGAGCUAAUAUGUCCCAAUGACUGCUACGAUCGUGGACGUUGUGUUAAUGGAGUGUGCUUCUGCGAAGAAGGGUUCACAGGAGAGGAUUGUGGUGAUAUUGCGUGCCCUAAUAACUGCAACAACCGUGGUCGCUGUGUGAAUGGGUUAUGUGAGUGUGAUAUUGGCUUUACUGGGGAUGAUUGUAGUGAAAUAAGGUGUCCAAACGAUUGUAAUGACCGCGGGCGUUGUGUAAAUGGAAAAUGUGUUUGUAAGGAAGGCUUUACAGGUGAGGACUGCUCUGAGCUCAGAUGCCCCAAUGACUGUAACAACAGGGGGCGCUGUGUCAAUGGUCAGUGUGUGUGUGACGAGGAAUACAUGGGGGAAGACUGUAGCGAACUGAGGUGCCCCAAUGAUUGUAACAAUAGAGGGCGCUGUGUCAAUGGUCAGUGUGUGUGUGAUGACGGAUUCAUGGGCACUGACUGCAGUGUGCUUAGGUGCCCCAAUGACUGUAACAACAGGGGGCGCUGUGUCAAUGGUCAGUGUGUGUGUGAUGACGGAUUCAUGGGCACUGACUGCAGUGUGCUUAGGUGCCCCAAUGACUGUAACAACAGGGGGCGCUGUGUCAAUGGACAGUGUGUGUGUGACGAGGAAUACAUGGGGGAAGACUGUAGCGAACUGAGGUGCCCCAAUGACUGUAACAACAGGGGGCGCUGUGUCAAUGGCCAGUGUGUGUGUGAUGAAGGAUUCAUGGGAGCUGAUUGCAAUGAGCUAAGAUGCCCAAAUGAUUGUAGCAAUAGGGGGCGCUGUGUCAAUGGCCAAUGUGAGUGUGAUGAAGGUUUUACAGGAGAAGACUGCUCAGAACUUAGAUGUCCAAAUGACUGUAACAACAGAGGUCGUUGUGUAAAUGGACAGUGUGUGUGUGAUACAUUAUUUAUUGGUGACGACUGCGGUGAGUUACGUUGUCCUGAUGACUGUAGCAACAGAGGACGAUGUGUUGAUGGACAAUGUGUGUGUGAUGAGGGAUUCACUGGAGACAACUGUGCUGAGCUCACCUGUCUGAAUAACUGCAACAACCAAGGCCAAUGUGUUAACGGGCAAUGUGUCUGCGAUGAAGGAUUUGUUGGAGACUUCUGUGAUGAAGUUUUACCACCAAAGGACUUGAAGGUGACUGAGGUGACUACAAAGACUGUAAACUUAGAAUGGGUCAACGAGAUAAAAGUCAAUGAAUAUCUUGUCACGUACGUCCCAACCAGUCCUGGAGGACUAGAGCUUGACUUCAGAGUCCCAGGGGAGCAGACAACUGCAACUAUCAAAGAGCUUGAACCCGGAGUAGAAUAUUUUGUUAGAGUCUAUGCUAUACUGAAAAACCAGAAGAGCAUUCCAGUCAGUGCAAGAGUUUCCACGCACCUACCAACAACAGAUGACCUACGGUUUAAGUCUGUGAAGGAGACAUUUGUGGAUGUUGAAUGGGAACCUCUAGAUAUCUCAUUUGAUGCUUGGAAGCUUAUCUUCAGGAACACAAAAGAAGAAAAUGGAGAGAUAAGCACUAGCGUAAAAAGCCCCAUCACCUCUUAUGUACAGACUGGGCUGGCGCCAGGCGAGACUUAUGAAGUGUCUAUUCAUGUUGUUAAAAACAACACUGUGGGCCCAGGCUUGACCAGAGUCACUACUACAAGACUGGAUGCUCCAAGUCAAGUGGACGUCACAUAUAUCACUGACUCUUCUGCAUUGGUAACUUGGGCCAAGCCUUUAGCAGAGAUCGAUGGAGUGUCACUAUCAUACGGAACUGACGAUGAGCCCAGAACCACAGUGGAACUCUCUGAAGAUGAAAGUCAAUAUUCGCUGAGUAAUCUCAAGCCGGAUACUGAGUAUGAAGUGACGCUAAUUUCACGCAGAGGAGAAAUGACAAGCUCUCCUGUUUCUGAGACUUUUACUACAGAUUUGGACACACCCAAAAACCUAAGAAAGGUCUCGCAAACAGACAACAGCAUCACCCUGGAAUGGAAGAACACUUUGGCCACCGUUGACUUUUAUAGACUCAAGUUUGCACCUCUUUCUGGGGGAGAUCAUGAGGAAAUAACAGUUCCCAGAAGCAACCAGGCUACAACAAAAGUCACUCUUACAGAUCUGGAUUCUCCAAAGGAUUUGGAAAUCACUGGAACUGCCGAGACGACCAUUAACCUACGUUGGAAGGUUCCUGUAGCCAAAUUUGAUCAUUACAUACUUACCUACAGCACCGGUACUGAGGCAGAAGACAAGACUUAUAUCCCAGCCGAUUCCAGUACACACAUACUGAGUGGGCUAGAACCAGGAAAAGAAUACAGCAUCUCAUUGGUAGCUGAGAAAGGCAGACACAAAAGUAAACCCGCCUCUGUUGUUGGAAGCACCGUGGUACGUGAACUGGGAGGUUUAUUGGUGUCUGACAUUACCUGGGACUCCUUCAAACUAUCAUGGGUUGCCCCAGAUGGCAACUAUGAGAAAUUUGUCAUUAAAGUUCAGGAUUCUGACCAAGAAGAGGAACCUAAGUAUAUUACAGUUCCUGGUGAGAUCCACUCUUUGGAAGUGCCAGGAUUAAAACCAGCUACUCCAUACAAAAUUUCUAUCCAUGGUGUGAUUGAGGGAUCUAACACUAACCCUAUUUUUGCUGAAACAAUUACAGAGAACAAACCGGAACUUGAGGACAUAUCUGCAAACAAUAUAAACCCAACAGGUUUCGACCUAUCCUGGACGGCAACAGAUGAUGCUUUUGAUGGGUUUAUAAUAGAAGUGAUUGACACUGAGAGAUUGCUGGAGCCAAGGACAUUUAAUGUCCCUAGCAACCUCAGAAAAACCUCUGUCUCUGGGUUAUUACCAAAUACUGAUUAUAUCAUCAACCUCUAUGGCAUAAUACAUGGUCUACGCACACAGUCUAUUAGUACAUUCGCAACCACAGAGAGAGAACCAGAAGUGGGAAACCUUCUAGUUUCCAAUAUUACACCAGAAGGUUUCCAUUUAUCAUGGUCAGCAGACGACAAUGGGUUUGACAACUUUGUCAUUAAAAUAAGUGAUGCCCAGAAACAGUAUAAACCGAUAAUGAUUACAGUACCAGGCAGUGACCGCAAACGAGUUGUAACAGGAUUGAGAGAUGGCACAGAUUAUGAAAUUGAGCUGUACGGCGUUGCCAGCGGUCAACGCUCUCUUCCAGUAAAAGGAGUGGCCACCACAGCUCUCGGAUCUCCUAAAGGAUUAUCCUUCUCUGAUAUUACUGAGAAUUCUGCUAAGGUCACCUGGAUAUCUCCAAAGAUUGCUGUGAACAAAUAUCUUGUCACAUAUGUUCCUGUUGCUGGAGGUGCCUCCAACACUGUGGAAGUGGAUGGGCGUAAAACUCAGACCACCUUAUUAAACCUCCAUCCAGGUGUGGAAUAUGCUGUCAGCGUUGUAUCUAUAAGAGGAAGCGAGCAGAGCGAGCCAGCCUCCGGUACUCUGACCACAGCACUGGACAGUCCUUCAGGCCUAAGAGUGAUUAAUGUUACAGAAUCUGAAGCCCUGGCAACGUGGCGGCCAUCUUUAGCCUCAGUAGACAAUUAUGUUUUUACAUACUCCGCAAAGAAUGCUCCAGCAGUGACACAGACCGUCUCUGGAAACACAGUGGAGAGUGAUAUUAUUGGUCUACAGCCUGCCACAGAAUAUACGCUAAGCAUUUACGCUGUUAAAGGACCUCUUCGAAGUGCUGAAAUUUCUACUAAAUUCACAACAGCUCUUGAUGGACCCAGAGACCUGUCUGUAAGCGACAUCCAAUCAGAAGCAGCACUGCUAACAUGGAGACCCCCACGAUCAAUAAUCACUGGCUUCUUACUAAUCUAUGAGUCUGUGGAUGGAACAGUUAAGGAAGUUGUGUUGGGACCCGAUUCCACCUCAUACAGAAUGCUAGAUUUAAAUCCAUCUACCCAGUAUACCGUAAGACUACAGUCAAUAAAUGGAGAUAUAAGAAGCAAGGUCAUCCAGACGAUAUUUACAACAACUGGUCUCCUCUAUCCAUACCCGAAAGACUGUGCUCAGGCUUUGUUGAAUGGAGAAACCGCCUCUGGCAUGUACACAAUUUACGUGAAUGGCGAAAAGUCUCAGCCCUCUGAAGUCUACUGCGAUAUGAUUGAAGAUGUGUGGUGGGAUGGAUUGGUGUUCCUGAGACGACAGGAUGGGUCAGAAGACUUUAACAGAAACUGGAGAACUUAUGUUGCUGGAUUUGGGAACACCGACAAUGAAUUUUUCAUGGGUCUGGAGAAUCUACACAAGAUAACCUCCCAGGGACAGUAUGAGCUGCGUGUUGACCUCAGAGACAAUGAAGAAACCGCAUAUGCUAUUUAUGACAAAUUCCUUGUUGGAGAUGCCAAGAGUCGUUAUAGACUUAAGGUUUCCGGCUACAGCGGAACAGCAGGCGAUUCAAUGACCUACCAUGAUGGACGUCCAUUUUCCACCUACGACAAGGAUAACGAUUCUGCCAUUACAAACUGCGCCCUGUCAUAUAAAGGGGCUUUCUGGUACAAGAAUUGUCACAGAGUAAACUUAAUGGGCAGAUAUGGUGACAACAGUCACAGUCAGGGUGUCAACUGGUUCCAUUGGAAGGGUCAUGAAUAUUCCAUUCAGUAUGCCGAAAUGAAAAUUAGACCCGUCAGUUUUCGGAAUCUGGAAGGGAGAAGAAAGAGAGCUUAAGGACUAUUUUAUGUCGUAAAAACAAGCGCAAGUGAAAAGUGGAGGGGACUGACUGAAAUUACCACUUACAGCAGCCAGACUUACCACUGAUCCUCAGAACCCAACCCUAAAACAUGUGUCUUAUGGAAAUACCACAGUGUCUUAAAAUGGGGCCUGCAGAGUUCCUGUUCUGCAAAUCUGUCCUACAUAAUUUAAUUUGUACAGUUGCCUGUGGCCUUGGACAGCGCCAAAGACUUUCUGAUGCAGCUAAGUGUAUCUAUUGGUCCUCCUGUUGUGAGACCAACAGGAAGAGCUGGUAUAAAAAGUGAUUGUGGGAGGUAUAUGGGAAAAAAGAUGAAGUGUACAGUGGUAGUUUUAGAAACCAUCAUAUAUUAAGUAAAGCUAUUGUUUAAUAUGUUUUGUCAUAAUUAAAGUAUGGUUUAUGUGUGGGAUAGGGGAGCCUUUUAUAUAAAAAUAUACAUUUAUAUAAUGUAUUGAAAAAUAAUAUUUGCAGAUGACAUGACUAGGAAUGCAGACCAUUUUUAAUAAUGCUAAAUAUGUUUUAGGUUACAGCUUAGAAUCAAUUUUACCCAUAAAUCAUUGCUUAAAAUCCCAGAGAGUAGUGUGUGUCAAUAGUCUUGUCUUUUGACUCCUGGAAUAGCCAUAGAAAGAGGGAUGAUGAGUCAGGUUGGUUUAGAGAACGGAUAGCUGAACGGAAGAGGAUAGAAAUGGAACAUUACAUAGAAAUUAUAGCAUAUAUAUCACUCUAAUUAAACAGAUACAGCUUUCAGAGAGGUAGCUAGUGAGUUAUUUGUAUCAAUAAAGUUUUUUUUAAAUGCUCUAUGGGGAAUUUCUUAAAGUCUUAAGAGCUUUAUCAAGUUUCAACAAGUUGACAAUUAUGAUUAAAAUUGUUCAACUCUUUCCACACACCCAAAAAAUAGCAAAAA